GGCGAUCAAUCUUUUGAAAGCGGGCAUUGGUUGCCUGCCAUGUCCUCUCAGGCGACUAUACCCGAAGGUGAGCGAAAGAAAGCCAACGUGGCACGAGACGCGAACGCCGCUGAGCGCGUAGCAGGUUUCAAGGUUGGGGAUAAAGUCAAAAUGAAAGUCAUAGAAUCUCUGGAAGAUGGUAGUACACGAACUAGCUUCAGAACGUUCACAAUUUCUACUGCGCACGACAAUGGUCUUCGAUGGGUUUACCAGCUUAGCAACUCUGAGGGCUCGUUGCACGAAGAUGGCGCCCGGUUCCCCGAAACAGAACUGAAGGCCGCUUGAAACUCAUCUCCACCGGAAAGCUAGCCUUGCGCUAAUCAAUCAACAACCUUCACGGCAUAGCCACCACCUGUCGUAUCUCAGCCUUAUGUGACGACUGCUUUGUCUUAAGAAGCCUUUACUUUUCCACUUCUUUCGUAAAGCAUCUUUUCAAUCUGAUAACAGAUCUCAUGGUUUUCUCUACAACAUGCAAUCCUCCGCUCCAUUCGCCGACGUCGAGAAACGUGGGUCAAAUAGCUCGCAAGGCUCUGGAGAUGCUGUCAUCGACAUCGACAUCGAUAUCGGCAGUCGUGCAGUCACGCUAGUGAAUAAGGACAUACCCCG